AUGGCUGUGCGUCCUUGGGUCUGUCACCAAUCGAUCCAUGCUGUCAUUCAGAAACCUACAACCCCUUUUGCCAUACCCACAUGCACCAUGCCGUUCCCUCCCUGCCUGCCCCCCCCUCUCAGCUGGUUGGACAACAACAGCAUCGAGGGCCCUCUCCCAUCUGUCAUCUGCGCGCUGCCCUUCCUGUGGCGCAUCGAUGUGAGCAACAACAGCCUGUACGGGCGCAUCAACCGCAACUUCAGAAACAUGGUUGCAGAUGGGGAUGCCCUCAUCAACUUGGCUCACAACUUCUUCUUCGGUGAUGCCGUACUCUUUGCUGCCGGCUGCCAGAUCUGCCCCAUUGAAAUCACCGAAUCCAACAACCUACUGCUGGGAGAUACCAGUUCUGGUGACGGGGCCGGGAAGUGCAUUAGCGGCAUAUCUGCCAAGAAAGAUUACUCAUUGGCUGAGGCAGGGAAGGGCGCGAGGGUGAGUCUGGCGGGAAACUGCCUGACCCUCAGCCUGGAUUCUGACUGCCCUUCUAACGCCACCCAGCGCAGCACGGCAGCCUGCCAGGCGUUCUGCAGCAUCACGGACAACGGCCCGUGUGACGGCCAUGGGGAGUGUGUGCCGCCUGCCCCCGCCUCCCCAUCCAACUUCACCUGCCUCUGUCGUGACGGCUACUCUGCUGUUGACCUCGGCAAAGGCUCUACCUGUGCUGUUGUCAAUACCACCACCACUGAGGGUGAGCCAUAA